CGCACCCAAGAGUUCAUAAUGGCGGACGCAGCUCCAGCCCAGCGCGGCGGUUUUCGCGGAGGAUUCGGCUCACGUGGUGGUCGCGGCGGUCGAGGUCGCGGACGUGGUCGCGGUCGUGGCCGUGGCAAGGAAGACGCCAAGGAAUGGGUUCCCGUGACCAAGCUCGGGCGCCUCGUUCGCGACGGCAAGAUCAAUUCUCUCGAGGAGAUUUACCUCUUCUCUCUGCCCAUCAAAGAGUAUGAGAUCGUCGAUCACUUCAUUGGGCCCCAGCUCAAGGAUGAAGUGCUAAAAAUCAUGCCUGUACAGAAACAGACGCGUGCUGGCCAGCGUACUCGCUUCAAGGCUUUUGUUGCCAUUGGCGACAGCAAUGGACACAUUGGUUUAGGUGUCAAGUGCUCUAAAGAAGUAGCUACAGCCAUCCGGGGUGCCAUUAUCCUGGCCAAGCUGUCGGUCGUACCAGUCCGCCGAGGAUACUGGGGUAACAAGAUUGGCAAACCUCACACUGUGCCCUGCAAGGUAACUGGAAAGUGUGGCUCGGUCCAAGUGCGUCUCAUCCCUGCCCCGAGAGGUACUGGAAUCGUGUCGGCCCCGGUCCCCAAGAAGCUUCUGCAGAUGGCUGGUAUCGAGGACUGUUAUACUUCGGCCAGAGGCAGCACCUGCACCCUGGGCAACUUUGCCAAGGCCACCUAUGCUGCUAUCGCUAAGACCUAUGCGUACUUGACACCUGACCUCUGGAAAGAGAUGCCUCUGACCAAGACUCCGUACCAGGAGUAUGCUGACCAUUUGGAGAGAACCCAUAGAGUCGUGAAUACUGCUCGACCAACUGAAGUUGUAUAAACAUCCAAGAUUGUGAAGGAAUAAAGCCCUCCAUGAAAAUAUUAAAA